UGAGAAUCUGUACAGGGGCUGGGGUAUGUGAGACAGAGGGGGCUGAGAGUCUAUACACGGACUGGAAUUUGAGGAGGGCUAAGCGCCUGUACAGGGACUUGCGUGUGAGACAGAGGGGAGGGCUGAAAGUCUGUACAGGGGCUUAGGUGUGAGACAGAGGGGGUCUGAGAGUCUUUACAAGGGCUGGGGUGUGAUUGGUGCUGAGAGUCCUUACAGGGUCUGGGGUGUGAGACAGAGAGGAGGGCUGAGAGUCUGUACAGGGGCUGGGGUGUGAGACAGAGGAGACAGUGGCAGAGAGUCUAUAGAGGAGCUGGAGUAUGAGAUAGAGGUGGCUGGGGUGUGAGACUGAGGGGGCUGAGAACUUAUACAGGGGCUUAAAGGGACAUUCCGGUCAAAAUUUAAAUGCACAUAGAUAAAUUACAUAUUUGAGAAGAAACAUAUUUGCAAUAUACAGUAUUGGCAAAAAUGCUUCUAGUAAAAGUCAUCACUGCUUUAGUGUUAAAAAAAAUUCUGCAUGCGAUGCAUAACUAGAUAUUCUAAGUACACCAUAGUAAAUACUCUGUUUUAAAUACUGCAGCUGCUCAGAUCACCAGUGGAGCUUGUAUCAUGUCUACAAUUAACAAAUUGAGUCAUUACCAGAUGGUACAAGCACCUUAGGCUCUCUGAUCAAGUGCUGUGUUAAAAAUGAUAGUGCACAGAGCAUACUUAAAUACACUUUUUAAACAGCUAUAGCUUUUAUUAGAAGCAUUUUUGCUAAUACAUGUAUAUUACAAAAAUGCUUCCAUUCAAAACUGAAAUGCAUCCUUGGGGAUUCCAAUUUUGGAUGGAAUGUCCCUUUAAAUGUGAGGCAGAGGGAGGAGCUAAGGAAUGGAAGUGUAGGUGAAGAGCUCCGUGCAGCAUAAAUGGCAUAUUAGUUAAAAGAGUGAUGUAGGAGGUAGGAAAACAGACAAAAGAGGAGCCAAAAGUGAGGGGUAACAUCAGUCAUAACUCUAAGCAAGUCGCAACCCCUAGGCAAUAAAUAGCCUUAUAACGGAGGUGAGAACAGCAGCAGCUCAGGCGCCAUUGUUACAGCCCACGUGGCGCUGCUUGCGACACGGCUCUCAGAAAGAGGAUGCCCAGCUGAACGGAGGUGACCGGAGGAGUUAGCAGAAAAGAUACCUAAGUCUGCCGACACUACGUGGGAGUGGGAAAGCAGUGAAGGGAGAUCAGAGGAUUAUGUGAGAACGGCACCUGCAGCUCCUAAGCACCGGAACAGGUGUCACAUUUAUAGCAUCAGACUCAAUCACUGACAAAGAACAAGAUGAACAAAUGCAGGAAGCAGAUAGCAGAACAGUUCCUGAGUCAGGCCCUGGGCAUCAUCUGCCUGCUGACCGGAGAGGAAUACACCAUUGUGAAGAAGAGGCUCUCCCACAGCAGCGUUCAACGGCUGAGCGGAGAGGUGCCUAUAAAGUGUGAUGAUGUUGCUGUGUAUUUCUCUAUGGAGGAGUGGGAGUAUAUAGAGGGACACAAGGAGCUUUACAAGGACGUCAUGAUGGAGACUCACCAAGCACUAAGGACUAUGGAGAUCCCAGGAAAUGAGAGCUUAGGUCACAGUGAUGAAAAUCUAGACACAGGAGCACAUAGAGUACAGAAUAUUCAGCCAGUGGGGACCCCAUCAGACGUCUCUGCAGAACUAACAGGUCACAGUGAUGAAAAUCUAGACACAGGAGCACAUAGAGAACUUGUACAGAAUAUUCAGCCAGUGGGGACCCCAUCAGACGUCUCUGCAGAACUAACAGGUCACAGUGAUGAAAAUCUAGACACAGGAUCACAUGGAGAACUUGUACAGAAUAUUCAGCCAUCAGAUGUUUCUGCAAAUGACAUUAAUACUUACGUAGAUGUUAAAACAGAAGAUCUGAGUGUAACGUGUCAGCUGGAAGCUCCAAUGCAGGAAAUGUGUGACAGUGAAGGUGAAAAAGAUGCUAAGAUUUCAUGUAACACGGAACAAACAGAAGAUCAGUGGCUAAGUAAUAUGCCAGAAGCAGCAGAGCAGGAAAUAUGUGACAAUAUAAAUACAGGUGAAAACGAUGCUAAGAUUUCAUGUAACACGGAACAAACAGAUCAGUGGCUAAGAAACAUAACAGAAGCUGCGGAGCAGGAAAUUUGUGCCAAUAUAAGUACAAGUGAAAACGAUGCUAAGGUUUCAUGUAACACGGAACAAACAGAUCAGUGGAUAAGAAACAUAACAGAAGCUGCGGAGCAGAAAAUUUGUGCCAAUAUAAGUACAGGUGAAUUCACAAACUGCAAUAAUCCUAGUCCUGAUCGGAGUGCAGAUGCUUCUUUACAUCUUCUUCAAAAUCAAAGAAGCCACGGGGGGAAUUUAUGUUCUAAAUGUGGAAAAUGUUUUCUUAAGAAAUCACAUCUUCUUAAACAUCUAAAAAUUCAUACAGGAGAAAAGCCAUUUCACUGUUCUAUAUGUGGAAAAUGUUUUCACUGUAAAAAAAAUCUUGUUGCUCAUCAGAAAAUUCAUAUAGGAGGGGGAAAAAAAUCAUGUUCUGACUUUGGGAAAUGUUAUACUCAGAAAUCAACUCUUAUUACUCAUCAGAAAAUUCACAGAGGGGAGAAAGCAUUUUCAUGUUCUGACUGUGGUAAAUGUUUUACUCACAAAUCAAAUCUUAUUAUGCAUCAGAAAAUUCAUACAGGGGAGAAAGCAUUUCCAUGUACUGACUGUGGGAAAUGUUUUACUCUGAAAUCAAAUCUUAUUAGACAUCAGAAAAUUCAUACAGGGGAGAAAGGAUUUUCAUGUUCUGACUGUGGGAAAUGGUUUACUCAGAAAUCAAAUCUUAUUCUGCAUCAGAAAAUUCAUACAGGGGAGAAAGCAUUUUCAUGUUCUGACUGUGGGAAAUGUUUUACUCGGAAAUCAAAUCUUAUUAGACAUCAGAUAAUUCAUACAGGGGAGAAAGGAUUUUUAUGUUCUGACUGUGGGAAAUGUUUUACUCGGAAAUCAAAUCUUAUUGCGCAUCAAAAAAUUCAUACAGAGGAGAAAGGAUUUUCAUGUUCUAAAAGUGGUAAAUGUUUUACUCCGAAAUCAACUCUUAAUAGGCAUCACAAAACUCAUAUUAAAAGAUAUCAGAGUUUUAGCUCCUAAGUGCAGAAUAUGCUAUGUAGUUGUCAAUCGCAUAAUACUAAGUGCUGUUGAUGACUGCAUGUGACCCCCUGGGGCAUGCAGUUUUGGAGCUGUUUGAGGCCCCUUCUGCACCUCAAGCGUUUAUGAGGUGACCCCAGGGUGGGUUUGAUUUAAUCAAAUUGAUUUAACUCAUGAUUUAAAUCACUAGUCAGUAAGACUGAUUUAAAUAAUGGUUUUCAUUGUUAGAAUAAUACGUUUUCAGAUUAUUUUUUCCAGUUAUAUCAGACCAUUACUGAUUUGGUUAUAUAUCAUUAUAUAUGCAUAGAUAGAUCAUUAAAAUGAAUGAAAUAAUUUGGAGGAGAACUAUAUCCAGUAUAAUUUAUUAAUCAUUCAUAUUUGAUCAACUUUCACCUGUACUGUUUUGGAAGGAGAAAAUGAUUACAUUAAUAAUAAUAGAAAAAGUUUUAUUAAAGUGCCAGUAAACCUAAAAAAUAAUGUUAUAUAAUUCUGCACAUAGUGCAGAAUUAUAUAACAUUAUAUUAGCGCUAGUUUUUUAUUACAUAAUAUAUCCAGUGAUUUUUUU